AUGAUCUCGAACUGUAAGGAUUGGUCCCAGUACGCCUUGGCCUUAACCUGCCACUGCAAUGACGAAAGAGAUGAGAACAGCCGCCGUAAUUUCUGAUCCCUUAUAAGUCAUAUCGUAGUCCAUUGAUGAGCUUAAUAACGAUCAGCAUACUACUCUGCUAUAAGACUGAUUGGCCCUUACUUUGUUCCCCAAGCAACAACACAAGACUGAAUCAAAGCUGUCUUACCAAAGCUAUCAAACUCCAAUGGCAGCACCAGGAGCUCAUAGCGCUUUUCCCAAUGUCACAGAUACCCCAACACAGAGGGGCCAACACCGCCCCUCAGAAGUCAACGCUCCUUCUGUUGAUCUAGGCGCAGAGGACAACGAACACAUAGCAGGACCUCAUGUCUAUACUCAUUCGCCUUUCAAUCAACAGGCUCCCGAAGCCCCUCCCACAACACUGCCACCGCCUCCGCCAGACUCUGCAGCUAACACUCCAGUGCCAACACGCAGUGGGCGACGUUCACAGCCACCAGAGGUCCCUCGGUGGCACGGGUAUCCGACCAACAGCCCUCAUCCAUACCGGCAAAAUUCAUUUCAACCGCCCCCUAGGCUAUAUGGCAGGUAUUCGUACGAUCCUUAUCAACAGGAAGAACAGUACUGGGACCAAGAUGUUUACUACGGCGGGCCUCCGAGCCAACAGGCCCCAGGCCCUUAUCAACGUCGAACUACAGGUUCGACAAUCCGUGGUCCGCCCCCAAUGCGACAUCAAAACUCGCAGAAGAUUAACAGGGAAGACUCCUACGACCAGGCUUCCUUGAACGAAUAUAACCAACAGGAAGCUGGUGGGACUACUCUCAGUCAUGCUCACUUCACGGAGCACCUAAAGAACGCUCCGCCAAAGGAAGUCUUGAGGCUACCUUGGACCAUGUGGAUGAACAGCAACGCAAAGAACCAUUUUGUCGCAACCGUUGGAGAGUUUGUUGGAACAUUCAUGUUCUUAUUCUUCGCUUUUUCUGGUACCCAAGUCGCCAACGUUGGAUCGCAAGGCAGCAAUGACAGCAAUACUACCACGAAUGAUUCCACUGGGUUCAGCCCUAUCGUACUGCUGUACAUCUCCCUGGUCUUCUCUUUCUCGUUACUUGUAAACGUCUGGGUGUUCUUCCGUGUAUCUGGCGGUCUCUUCAACCCUGCGGUGACCCUAGCCAUGCUGCUUACUCGCACCAUCACACUCACACGAGCUGGUUUACUUCUUGUUGCGCAGUUAGCUGGCUCGAUCUUUGCCUCGUACAUUGUCUCGGUCCUGUUUCCAACACAAUUCAACGUCCGGACUACGCUCUCACCGAGCACGUCUUUAGUUCGUGGUGUAUUCAUCGAAGCUGUAUUGACUGCUGAGCUUGUGUUCACAAUCUUCAUGCUCGCGAAAGAGAAGCACAAGGCCACUUUCAUUGCGCCUGUAGGCAUUGGUCUCUCACUGUUCAUUGGAGAGCUUGUUGGCGUAUACUACACCGGAGGGUCGUUGAACCCUGCGCGAAGCUUCGGUCCGUGCGUUGUUACCGCCACGUUCGACAAGGAACACUGGAUAUACUGGGUUGGCCCGGGCAUCGGCGCAUUACUUGCCAUUGUUUUCUAUCAAUUCAUCAAAGUACUCGAGUAUGAAGUCGCCAACCCUGGCCAGGAUUCGGCCAGUGUCCACGAAGAGGCUCAGAACGAUUUGGAAGCAGGACUCCAAAAUGGGAACACGGCACAUAAUACACCGGCCAAGUCCUUGAAAGAAACUAGUCCCAAACCAGCUGGCACUUCUCAGAAGUCGCCAUAAUAACGGCCGGAUCCUCGUCGUUGGAUGGGGUAUUAUGACGAUGACAUGAACUAAGGAGACAGAGUAACGAUUGUAUUGGUCCACGAUUCUCGGUUGUAAACUCUGUACGUUUUAUUUUUCUGUAAUGGCUCUCCUAUGUCCCCGCAUAGACUUAAUGUGAAACGAGAAG